UCACGGUCGUGCUGCGUUGACAGUGUGGCCUACGUCUCUUCCCGUUUCGCUUCUUUAAUUUCGUACAAGUCGGCACAAACAAUAACAUUUUAGUACAAGUUUGCACAAACAUAUUAAUUAAAUGUAUAAAGCUGUUUCUUAUUUAAUAGGCAACCACGAAGCGGGAAUCAUUGUCUAAAACCAAGAAAUGUAAAAUGUGUUUUCUCUUAUAAGCGAAGACAUCUUAGUAUGGCUAUGUGCGCGGUCGCCGUGCAAAAUGCUGUAAGCAAGAAUAGCGUGAAUACGCGGCCGCAAAGAUGAAAUUAAACAACACUAACAGUUGCAGUAAAAUAGCUUCAAACUCUAAAAAAAAGAAAGAAAGAAGAGAGAGAGAGAGAGAGAGAGAGACACGAAUAUAACGGAAGAUAAUCUUUGUUGGUAUGGUGUAAGAAGACUGCCAUUGUAAUAUUGUUUAUUAAGAUGCAGUAAAACGGGGAUGUGCUGCAGUCUGGAAAUAUACAAUGAAAGGUUGCUGAUCUAAAGGCUGACCAGAAGAAAACAGAACCCACGAUGGAGCAGAGAAUUGUGAAGAAUAUUUUGAAAAAGAAUGCUGAAUUCCUGACUCGCCAUCUUGUACUUUCACCCAGUGUUUUGGACAAGAUGCACACGGCUGGCAUUAUCAGCGAUGUUGCUAGGAAACAAAUUAUCUUUCAAGUUCAGCGGAAGCAAGUGCCCAUGUUGUUGCAGAAUCUCGAGGGGCAUGGGUUGGUCACCAUACGAAAGUUCCUAGAAGUUCUUCGAGAGACUGGCCACAGUUGGCUGGUGGGCACCAUCUUGGAUACAGAAGCCAUGAGUUACGAAGACGUGACGCCACAUAAUACACGACGAGAACCGCAAAUAUCAUCAGGCAGACACCCAGGUCUUCUGACUCCUGACUGGAAUAAAAGGCCAGCAGCAGUACAACUUGGAAACUAUGUACCACCCUUAGAUUACAAGCCAGCCCAAGCUACGUCUCCAACCUACGUAUCGCUCGGCAAGCUCCUCGACGACCGACAAAAGCUGCAGGACCAGCCGAAACCAGCAAGAGGUCAGCUUCAGCCAAAGGUUAUCCUGGAGGAUGUUAUGAACAAACCUCUCCAGUUCACCAAAGCAAACGAAGCCUCGACGUUUGAGGAAGAUGUUCCGACGUCCCUGGUGAACCUGCAGGGUUACUUCAAAGGACAGUGUGUCACGAACGAGCAGACUCUCUCCGUGCUGAAGCAGGAGGAGGUAGCCAUACGAGAACUCCUCGAGCAGAAUAUCCGCGACCAGGCCAAGUUACGGCGUAACCAGCACGCCCUGGGCGACAUCGCAUCGCGGCUCGAAGAGAUCCACGUCAAGGCUGGCGAUGUAUACAAUCCUACCACACACGCACAGCUCAGUCGAUAUCGGCUGGCACAGCUGAAUCAAAUUCCUUGGAGAGAUGAAAACUGAAGUUCUAUGUAUACAAUCUUACCACCCACGCUCGGCUCAACUCGGUCCAUAUCGGCUAAAACAGCUAAAUCAGAGUCAUUGGAGGAAUGAAAACAGAAGUUGUAUGCAUUAUGUAGCACCCAUAGUCAAUGCAAAAAAGAGAGUGUGUGUGAGAGAGGAGUGUAUCAUAGCCUACAACAAUGUAUACGGCACGUUGUGUCAGACUACUGUUAGAAAGUAACGAUGAAAACACGUGCUAUUGUAGUCACGUGACCAGUGGCACCGGCAAAACCACUUUUGCCACAAUGGUGCCAGGUGACGUGGGCUGUGAUGGCGUUCAAAUGGAGUGUAGACAUUGCCAUUACAAUAUUUAUUCCUAAAAAUACCUGCUUUCAACACUCGUUGACUUUAUUCAAAUUUUAGAUUGUGAAGUUUUUAAUUUGACUCCAUAUAAAUGAAUGUGUCGAAGUAUGCAUGACCGAUGCGGGCAUGACACAAGAAAUGGAGACUUGUCCUAAUCGUCGAAAUACUCCAAACAAAUCUCACAUGUAACGAACUCGUCCUGUAUUUUGAGGAUAUGAAUAAUAGUACUUCCAGCCAUCGUGUGACCAUGUUACUGUUUGCCAUGGAAUUUUUAAAAUCACACCCAAUAGCCGAUGUAUUUUUCGUCCUGGGGUGUUGUUAAACAUUCAUUUUAAAAUCAUGUUACUUUUUUCUUUUUCUUUUCUGUAUUUCAAAUAAUUCUUUAUUUUCAAAAGUUCUUAUUUUAACAACCCAAAAACCCAAGAGGUGUUCACAUUACUAAUAUUUAAUGGUAAUGUCCUACGUACAUUUUCUUGAAUAAAAACAAGGCACUGUUAUAAA